AUCGCAGACAACGAAAGGGCACCAGUCGAACCACGUCCGUGCACCACGGCAGUUCCUGCUCAUUGCGAACGUUUCAAUCCAGUGCCGGUGUAACCGAAGCGCCCAGCUUUAGCGUUUUGUAUUGACAGCUUGAAUUAUUACAUCCUACAGUAUCCGACUGUGCCGCAACGCAUUCGAACCAGUGUACGUGCCUGACAGUGGUGUAGCUGGCAGCGACCGUGCACCGAACAGCAUUGUCAUGGAGAAAACGAUGACCCUCGCCACAGCCUUCACUGCUAUCGCCGUGGGCAUGUUCAUGUUCUGGCUGCUAAAGCGUCGCCGAAAAUUGAGAUUUUUCAAGGACCUGGGCAUUCCAGGGCCAGAGCCGGACUUCAUAUGGGGAAACCUAAAACAGAUGGAUCACCGGCGCAUUGAGGCUUGCGUACAAUGGAGAAACAAGUACGGAAAGGUGUUCGGCAUCUACGUCGGGAGUGAACCUUUCUUGAUCAUCACAGACGUACAAAUGGCCCAAGAGUGUUUUGUCAAGCAAGCGACUAUAUUUCAAGACAGACCAGUGGGCUUUGUGGAUGCGGAGCCUUUCAAAAGCAGCAUCUUUCAGUUGGGUGGCAAUGCAUGGAAGUAUGUGCGGGCAAGGUUGAACUACGGCUUCAGUUCGGGCACGAUAAAGGAACUCUAUGAGAAAAUGAACUUAUGCGCCGCUAGAUUUGUGGAAAGGAUAUCUUCGAUAAGCCAGACAAGAGGGUAUGUAGAAGUGGACGAUCAUAGUUUGGACUUUUCCUUCGACAUCGCAGUGAACACGGUGCUGGCACAGCAGGUAAAGAAGUCCAAAGGAGGCUGCGAGGAUCCGAUUCUGGAGUCCCUCAAGCAAGUCAUAAAGGACAUGGAAAACGCGGCUAUCGAAGUGGCGUUCACGGUUCCCGUUUUACGCGCGCUUCUUACACUUAUAUACCCUCUCACAAAACAUGCCAGAGCGUUCAGAUACGUUAUGAACCACGUACAAAACACACUCAAACUGCAUCGUUCCGGGAAGCUUCCGAGAGAACCCAGCGUGCUUCAGGCAAUUCUUGACGAGCAAAUUGGUACCCAUAACGGACCACAACACAAGUCCAAACGGCGAGGCAAAUACUUGGACGAUAACUACAUGUCCUCCAACGCGGCCAUAUUUCUAUUAGCUGGCACAGAAACUACGUCUUCCGUGCUCUCGUUCUUGAUGUAUCUCCUGGCAAGGAGCCCAGGAGAGCAGGAGAAAGUAGUCAAAGAGAUGGACCGCGUUCUUUCCUCAGAGAAGGCCGAUGAUCUCCGCUUUGACCAGCUGCGUGACCUUAAGAGAGUCGACAUGGUGAUCCACGAGUGCCUUCGUCUUUACCCACCCGUCCCACUGCACUUGGUAAGGCGCUGCUCUCGGGACACGACUGUUUGCGGGCAGUUCAUUCCAGCCGGUGUCAACGUGAUUGUGACACCAUGGCUCAUUCAUCGCGACCCUGACUACUGGCCGGAUCCCGAGCGCUUCAUACCGGACAGAUUUGCCGAAGAAUGCAGCGAAAGCCACCGCAAGGAGGCCUACAUGCCCUUUGGACUGGGACCUAGGAUAUGCAUAGGUCAAAAGCUAGCGUUCACGGCAAUAAAGCUUGCGCUCGUCAAGGUUCUUCAAAAAUUUCAACUUACGUUACGAAAUGAGGCCACUGGAUCACCUACGCUGUCCGUUCCCAGCGUCAUACUUGUUCCAGCAGGCGGAGUGACGAUCAGGCUAGAGCGCAGGCUGGGAAGGACGGUAGCUUGAAUGCUGCAAUACUGGCACGUUGUUGUGACGGCGAAGUACGCAGAAGCUGGUAGAGAUGAAACUUUUUAUUUGGCGAACUUGCGCCCAGUAAAAGAUAAACUCGAAGUACAAGCGAUACUCGCUGUACAAUGCUAGCGGCGACCACGGAUGUCGGUCGUCGACAUUCUGAUCACUGAUAACGCGUCGGCCUCGAUACAUGCAGGAUCUAAGAUUGCAGCGUUAUUGCUUGUGGCCGCGUUAGUUCCAGAAUAAAGUCACUCGCGUCAUGCAUACAAGCUUAUCAGAAAUGUCUAAAACAAUCGGGAAGGUUCCCAGACCUUUCGGCGAGGCCUGCGCCGAACGGUGGUUACACAUGUCACAUAGAAAUACAGAAAAGAAGCAGGUGUGGCAAUACGAUUGCAGGGAGUGUCCGUGAAUGUCGAUGUUUACGGGCGAGACGACGAGUAAGUUAAACAUGCCUGUCGUUUUUUUUUUAAUUCAAGCACAUC